AGCGUCAACCAAAACAGGGGCUGCCACUCAAUCAGCAAAAGAUACUAGGAAAUUCGCAGAGGAAGCUUGAACUCUUGUUCAGCCGUAGUUGUGUCCAUCAAUUUCAUAAGGUAACAUAUUCGCCCCAAGUCUCAGUUCAUGUUCAUAUAGAUUCAUCCGAAUGCCUUCUAGGUUUAACUGAAUAUCAAUUCUGGGAUCAGCUUAUCUCAUAGAACAUUAGAACUGGUCAUGAUCCAUUUGCAUAAACUCAGAAAUUCAUCUAUUCUCAAAUGGGUUUCUUCAGAUAUUGCUCACAAACACCUUAGAUAUUCAAGAACCCCACUUCAGCCAUUUGGGUCUUUCCCCAGUUCCCAUACCAUUUGGCUUUAUAGUACUAAAACAAGUUUUGAAGUUGAAAACACCGAAAAGUUAGAAACAACUUCGAUUUCUAGAGCUAUGUUAAAAGAAGCCCAGGCUGCAUUGUUGGAGUAUCUGCAUUAUACUAGGGGCUUACAGUUCCUGGAUGCUGAGAAUAUGAGUAAAAACUCACCUCAGUUUCUUGAUAAGCUUUUAAGAAGUGUUGAUGGUAAAAUUGAUAAGGAGAUAGGGGGGUUGAUUUCUCGAUAUUUGAGGUACCACCCCAUUAAUGAAUUUGAGCCUUUCCUUGAGAGCUUGGGCUUGAAACCUUCAGAGUAUAUCCCCCAGCUUCCACGUAAUUUGAUGUUCUUGGCCGAUGAUGUUUUGUUGCUUCACAAUUACUCUGUUUUGUGUACCUAUGGGGUUGCGCGCAAUAAGAUGGGAAAAAUUUAUAAAGAAGCAAAAGAAGUGUUUCAAUAUGAUCUUGAGGUUUUAUUAUCCAAACUUCAAGCUUAUGAAGAAGUAGGUCUCAGCCAAUUUAAUUUAGUUAAGUUUAUUGUUUGCAGCCCUUGUAUCUUAGUUGGGGAUGUAAAUUUGCCAUUUGUCAGGGUACUUGUAAAGUUGAAGAGUUUGGGAUUGGAGACCCAUUGGAUUGAAAUGAAUUUAUCAGAAGAUAAUUCUUAUAAUUGGAGCCAAAUGCUUGAAGUUCUAAGGUUAUUUGAUGAGGUGGGUUGCAGCAAUGAGGAGUUGGUUGAACUUCUUGGCCAGCAUCCAGAUAUUUUAUUUGAGAGUUCAGGAAGAACGACACUUUCAUUAAUUGGGUUCUUAUUGAAGUUUGGAUCCACAAGGAGCCAAAUAUGUUCAAUGUUUCUGCAGUUUCCACAAAUUCGGAUCGUGCAAUUUGUUCUGAAUUUGAGGAAAUGUGUUUUGGUCCUAAAUGAGAUUGAGAUGGAGGUUGCAGAGAUUGAAAAGAUUGUUUGUUCACACUCCGUGCUACUGGGUUCAUGUGCUCUGAAGAGCACUAACAGCUUACUUUCUUGCUUGAAUAUUGGGAAAAAGCGUCUGUGUAGGUACAUACAGGAGAACCCGGAAGUGUUGAAGAAAUGGGUUCUAGGUAGAAGAGUUGAGCCACUUCCAGACUCGGAAGAGGACUCAAAAGAAAAGAGAAUUAAAUUCUUGUUUGAUGUAGGAUUUGUAGAGAAAUCAAACAAAAUGAACGUAGCACUAAAGCUAUUUCGAGGCAAGGGGAGGGAACUUCAGGACAGAUUUGACUGUAUAGUGAAUGCUGGUUUAAGUCGUCAGGAUGUCUGUGAAAUGAUUAAAGUAUCUCCUCAAAUUCUAAACCAGCAAAGGACUGUGUUACAGAUGAAGAUUGAUGUACUUGUGAAUCAUCUGGGCUAUCCUGUAUCAACUUUGGUGAACUUCCCUUCUUAUCUAUCCUAUACAACUCAAAGGGUCAAGCUUAGAGUAUUCAUGUACAAUUGGCUCAGUGAUCAAGGAACAAUAUCCCCUACCCUUGCCUUGAGCACUGUUGUUGCAAUGGUGGAGAAACAAUUUAUUUCGCAAUAUGUAAUUCAUCAUCCUUGUGGUCCUCAGGUUUGGCAUGAAUUGAAGAGUAAAUUGUAUUCUUAA